AUGAGGAGCAUCCACAGGUGGUGCAUUGUCCUAGCGACAGUGGCUGUGGCGGCGUUAUUACCAGUUCCAGCGAACGCAGGACGCGUGGAGCUCAAGAACGAGAUCACCGGUCUCCCUGACAGGAGAGCAAAGCUUGCCGUGAGGUGCUGGUCGAACGAAGACGAUCUUGGUUGGGCCGUGUUAAAGCCAGGAGAAGCUCGGAGCUGGAGAUUCACGACAAUGAACAUGUGGCCGUUCAAGAAAACAGAGUUCCGGUGCCGGUUCCGGAGCGGGUUAGGGACGACCAAGGAAGAUUUGGUGACGGUUUUUUCGGUUCGAGAUGGGUUUCGGAAAGAGUGCAAGUCGUCGGAAACAGGCGUAGAUGAGUGCGUUUGGGUUGCAAAGAGAGACGGUUUCUAUCAGAGGAGAGUCGUAAGAGAUAUGAUUGGUUUAAGAUACAACGUCGAUGUUCUUCGAAGCAAAUGGGUUUGGAAAUGGUGA